AUCGUGAAAGAUAUUAGAAAUUUUGAAAAGUUUGAAUUUUGGGUCCGUGGCGCUGUUGAGGGAAGAUCUAUGUCAUAACGGCUAUCCGUGCCUACAUAUAUAGUCUCGUCUCAAGUAGCCGUUGGCAAUUGGCAAAGCAACGCUUCAUUCAUUCCCUUCUCUUUUCUCUUUUUCAAAUUCGCUUCAGAAACAGCGUGGCCAAAUUAAAAUCACCGUAAAAGCAGAACCACAAACGGAUCCCUUUUCAAACCACUCUUUUCUCAGAUUCUCCGAUCAAAGGUAGAAAACAAUGUCAAUGACGCCGGAUCAGUCUAAGAAAGUAGGAUCGGGUAUGGCGGCGUCUCCGUCGCCGUUUCUAACACCUCGCCCGGAAAGACGCCGUCCCGAUUCAAGAGGUUCCGAUUGGAACUCGAAUCGUCAUGACAAGGAUAAAGAGACUAACGUUCAAGUUUUGCUUCGAUGCAGGCCGUUAAGUGAUGAUGAACAAAGGUCGAAUGUUCCAAAGGUUGUGUCAUGUAAUGAAAAUAAAAGGGAAGUAACUGUUAUGCAGACUCUAGCUAACAAGCAAGUAGAUAGGGUUUUCACCUUUGACAAGGUUUUUGGGCCUAAAGCACAGCAAAGAUCAAUAUAUGAACAAGCCAUAGCCCCAAUUGUGAAUGAAGUUCUUGAUGGUUUCAAUUGUACUGUAUUCGCUUAUGGUCAGACAGGAACUGGUAAAACUUAUACUAUGGAGGGUGGGAUGAGAAAUAAGGGUGGUGAUUUACCUGCGGAAGCUGGUGUCAUUCCAAGAGCAGUUCGUCAAAUUUUUGAUAUUUUGGAAGCACAGAAUGCUGACUAUAGCAUGAAAGUAACGUUCCUUGAGCUAUAUAAUGAAGAAAUAACUGAUUUAUUGUCACCUGAGGACAAUUCUUCCAGGCCUGUAGAAGAAAAACAGAAGAAACCUAUAACCCUUAUGGAAGAUGGAAAGGGUUGUGUGUUUGUGAGGGGACUUGAAGAGGAAUCAGUAUACAGUGUAAAUGAAAUUUAUACUCUGUUAGAACGAGGAGCAUCAAAGAGGCGCACUGCAGAUACAUUGCUUAACAAGAGAAGCAGUCGUUCGCAUUCAGUUUUCACCAUUACUGUGUAUGUGAAAGAAACAGUAAUAGGUGAUGAGGAGUUAAUUAAAUGUGGCAAGCUUAAUCUUGUUGAUUUGGCAGGAUCAGAAAAUAUAUUGCGUUCAGGAGCACGCGAGGGCCGGGCUAGAGAAGCAGGGGAGAUAAACAAGAGCUUACUGACCCUGGGACGUGUCAUAAAUGCGCUCGUGGAACAUUCCGCUCAUGUGCCUUACAGAGACAGUAAGCUUACAAGGAUUUUGCGAGACUCCUUAGGAGGGAAAACAAAAACAUGCAUAAUUGCUACUAUUUCCCCAUCUUCUUAUUGUUUGGAAGAAACACUGAGUACACUAGAUUAUGCUAGUCGUGCAAAAAGCAUAAAGAAUAAGCCCGAGGCAAACCAAAAAGUUUCAAAGGCUGUUUUGUUGAAGGACUUGUACAUGCAAAUUGAGCAGAUGAAAGAAGAUGUUCGAGCAGCAAGGGAGAAGAAUGGUGUAUAUAUUUCUCAUGAAAGAUUUGCCAAGGAAGAAGCCGAAAAGAAGGCAAGGAUUGAGAAGAUAGAGCAACUAGAGAAUGACCUCGGUCUUAGUGAGAAACAAGUGGACAAGUUCCGUGAGCUUUAUUUAACAGAGCAAGAACAGAAACUGGAUUUAGAAAGUGAGCUUAAAGAUUGCAAGGUGAAUUUAGAAAAAACCACCAACAUCUUGCAUGAUCUCCAAGAGAAUUACAAGCUACUAGUUUCAACCCUGAAGGAGAAGGAAUGCACCAUUUCCAAGCUUCUGAAAUCAGAAAAUGCCUUGAUUGAGCGUGCAAAGGAAAUGUGUACUGAUCUGCAGAAUGCAUCAAAUGAUAUUAAUUUACUGUCCUCAACGUUAGAUCACAAAGAAAGGAUGGAGGCAGAAAAUCAAAAAACAAUAUUGAAUUUUGGAUCUCUCUUAAAUGAGAGCUUAAAGGACUUGCAUACGACCAUUAUGGGAUCUAUUUCUCAGCAGCAGAAACAACUUAGAAACAUAGAAGAUCAUGUCAGCUCCUAUCUUGCCAGAAAAAGUGAUUCUGCACAAGCUCUAGAAUCAAGGAUAAAUAAAAUGACCGGGAUUUUUACUAUGGGAGUAGACACCCUGAAAGAUCUAGCAAAUACAUUGCACUUGAAAGCUUCGUCUGAUAUGGAACAGAUACAAUCUGAAGUUUCAUCACAAACAUUGGCUGUUGAGAAUUUUCUUGCAACUGCUGUUCUUGAAGCCAAGGAUGUAAUAUGUAACAUCCAUAAUUCCCUUGAUGAGCAAAAACAGCUGCUAGCAUUCUCCCUCCAACAACAAGAGGAAGGAUUACAACGAAGUUUGGCUUCAGCACGAGUAGUUUCAGAGGCAGCUGUGAACUUCUUCGAUGACAUUCAUCUACGUUCUUCGAGAGUCACAAAAAUUCUUGAAGAAACUCAAAAUGAGAGGUUCCAGCAAUUAGCUAACUUUGAGAAGAAGUUCAGGGAAGAGGUUGAGAGAGAGGAGGGGCAAGCCUUAGAGAAAAUUGCAGCGAUUUUGGCAGCCUUGACAUCUAAGAGAACUGCUAUGGUCUCAGAGGCAUCAAGAACUAUGCAACACACGAGCAUGCAACAGACUGAGAGAUUGCAGCUAGAGAUGCUCAACAUGCAGCAAGUUUCAAAAGAUGCUACUAAGGAAGUUAAUGAAUAUGUCGAGAAUUGGAAUAGUCAUUUUGUGGAACAAAUAUUCUCAGCCAACGAUAUUAAAGCUACCAUGGAGAAUUGCCUCCUGGAGUGCUCAAAGACAGUGGACCUUUCUAGGAAGCAGUGGGAAAGUGCCCACUUGUCCUUCAACAGUCUCCACAAGAACAAUCUUGCGAAGAUAGAAUCUUCAGUAAAGGAGAACAUCUUGAAAAAUCAUGCUCUGAAUCAAGAAUUUGUGUCUGCAUCAUUAUCUAUGGAUUCAGAUUAUGAUGCAGUAACACGCAACUUGCUGGCAGAUGUAAAUGGUGCACUGAUGCUGGACCAUGAGAAUAAGAAGGAAAUUGAUUCCAUGAGUACAAGGUGGUUGGAGCUACUUAACUCGUUACAAGAUAAACAUAGUGAAGAUAUAUCUAACAUCCAUGUUCAGGCAGAAAAGUGCCUCGUUAGAGACUACUUGGUUGACCAGAAUGCAAGUUUAGCAUCUCAGAAAAAAAUCAUCUCAGUUCCUAGCCCUGCAUCCAUUGAGGAGAUGAGGACACAGAUUACAGAAGACAAUUCCACUGAGAACAGAUUAAAAUUGAUACAAGUGGAAAGCAAAAUCCCGCGUCUAGCAGCAUCUCCAAAUCGAACUCCUUUUGCAGAUGUGAAUUGACUAUAAUUUCAGAAAGUUGGAGUAUGAAAGUAUGAAACUUCUUCACAACGCUCAUCACUUGAUGAGCACCGCUCUUGGUAUUGAUUUUAGGUAUCAGACGCCAGAGACGAGUGUAAAAAUCUAUUUGAAUUUUUUAUGUGCAUGCAGUGUGAUCUGCACGCAAACUGUUUGUAGUUUGUAUUUCUCCAUUUUUCUUGAGUCCUUAUCAAUGCAUUAGAUUAUUCUAUUU